UAAGAAAGUACAGGACAAAACUAAAAGUAGACACACAUUCAUACCACUGUGGUUACCUUCAGAAGAUAUUUUGAAAUCUUUAAAUUCAUUCAGGCGUGAGGUGGCUGUUUUUACACUUCAUGCAUUUUAAGGCAGAUUAUUUCUACAAGGUGUCGUUUGAACACGAUGAAAAGAGGCUUUACUUUUCCAUUUAGAGCAGUGGAUGAUGUAUUUUAAGAGCAGGGUGUUUAUAGCAUGUCGUCCAGCAUGAGUCUGGUAGCUGAACCUUAGAGGAAAGUCCAUCAAGUCGUGAUUUUGUGUGGAUUCACUGAAAGAAAAGAUUUGUGGUUUCGAUGUCUGACUCACAGAAAACACAACUGUUGUUAUUAAUAUUAAAUCUCACUCUUAGCUUUUCGCUGGACGAUGAAUCUCAUUCAUGAUCUUAAAGUGAACUUCUUCAAUUCUGGGCUUACAGGGAAUUUCAGAUAUUGGGUCCUUCAUUUUUUAACCUCAGAGAACUUUUGAGUGAUGGAGUUUCUGUGUGAGCGUGUUGGGUCUACAGUGUUGUUUAAAUUGUUUAAAUGUAGAUUUUAUUUGGUAUCUCUUUGUUAAGAAAGUCUUGUUCUAUGAUGUAGAGGAUUGGUAAACUAGGAGAAGACAAACUCCUCAGGUCAGUGUUUUGUGCAAGUUGCUUGACUGGUUGAGGAAAUACUUUAUUUUAUUAAAUUCAAGCUUAGCCAUAGAUAAUAACCCUGAUCAUUGAUAAGGUGGGAUAUUGACCAAACACCUUCAUCCAUCCAGUGUUGCAAAAAGAGAGAUUUUCCAUUACAUAGAACACAUCUGUUAUUCCACAUAGGUGUUUUAUGUGGUGUAAAGUUAUGGUUGUACAUGAGCUUCCAACAUAACACAACCUGCUUGUAAAAGGACGACAACGUAACUGGUAGUUUUUCUAUGUUAAAAUCACAAUGAAGGACCAACCUGAUGCCUCCCAUUUUUUCAAACAUAACCCUGACAGACAGAAGCAAACACCAGCAGGAAAGAUUUGAACCGUUUUACCUUUAGAACAGCAUUGAGACAAAGUCGAUCGCUUGUAAGCCCCCUUCUCUGUAUUCUUUAGUGGUUUCAGGUUUUUUAAUAUAGUGAGUUUAGUUUUUCCAAUUCUAGUUAAAGUUUAGUUGAUUUGUUUUAAUCAUUUUGUCUGGUAUGGCCACUGAAUAGGCAGGGUAGAUCCGUCCUGCCAGCAACUCCUUUUUAGUUAAAUAUGUUCUUCCAAAUACUGUUAGGGCUCUCUGUAGCCAUGCAUUUAAUUUUGAUUUUAUUCUGAAUAUUUAACGUUUGAUCUACGGUUUUCUUUGGUAAGGUGAACUCCAAGAUAUUUGACACAGGCCUUAACUGGGACAUUAUAUUCCUCUAUAUGGCUGCAUUCAUGAACAGCCAUACGUUCACAUUUAUUACAACUGAGUGUCAGUCCAGAUGCUUCAGAGAAAAGAUUAAUAUAUUUAAAUAUUGUAGGGAUUUGUUCUAAGCAUUUUAUGAAAAUAGUGGCUUAUUAUCAACUUUUCACUAAAAAUAUUUAGUUUCUGAGUUGUCAUAAGGAGUGCUAACAUUUCUGCUGCCAUAAUAAAGAGAAAAGGAGAUAGGCUGCAUCCUUGUUUAACUCGUCUCUAAGAAAAAGUGACACCGUGACGGUUGCGAUGAGUCGUCCCUUAAAACUUUAGUCUUGUUCUUUGAGACCGGAGAGUCGUAGGUUCCACUGGCGCUUGUACCUUUUCCUUUAGUGUAGUGUUUUCUUUUUUCAGGUCGGCUUAUUCUUUUUCCAGAAUAUCUGUUUUGGAUGCACAUUCUGCAAUUUCCACUGAGUUUUGCUCCAGUCGUUGCAUAACACUGGCGAACAGACAUCAGUUUUUCUUGAAGAUCUGAAUCCAGCUGCCUGGGUCCUAAGCAGACCAGAAACUCUGGCAGAUGUUGCUGUCUCAGGUCACGCCCACCCUCUUCCUCAGUGGGGCGGAUGCGCCCCUCAACGCAGCGCUGAUGUCAAGGAAAGGCAUCACCCUGAUUGUCAACGCCACGCUGAACCACGCCUGCCCCACCUACCCAGGAGUCGAGUGUGUACGUGUCCCCGUCUGUGACCUACCCAGUGCCCGCCUCGGUGACCACUUCGACCAGGUGGCUGAACGUAUCCACAGCAACCGCGCAGGAGGCACGCUUGUGCACUGUGCCGCUGGGAUGAGCCGCUCUCCGGCACUGGUCAUGGCGUAUCUGAUGCGCUACAGGAGCGUGACACUGUCCCAGGCUCACCGCUGGGUCCAGGAGAGCCGGCCCUUUGUGCGGCUGAACGCCGGCUUCUGGGAGCAGUUGCUGCAGUACGAGAGGAGGCUGUACGGCCGCAACACAGUCAGGGUGGCCACCGAUCCACUGCCCACCCCCACGCCAACCAGGGCCACGCCUCCUCCACAGAAUGGCCGGUUAACACACGUACACAGCUCACCUCUGAUAUCACGCUCACCUGUGGUGUCAGCAAAAAAAUCCAGAAGAGGAUCCAAAGUGUCAUCAACCAAACAACUGUGAAUGGACCGGGACCAGGUCUACAUGGAGCAGGUCCAACACCCGAACAGGUGUCCCAGCCGCUCCACACAGAACUCACCGGGGGGAGGGUUUUGCACUGAGGUGGUGAUGGUGGGGGGCUGUUUCACCAUCAGACAGAUGCUGUUCAUUUGUUAGUGGGUCCAGUUUUUUAACAUUUCCAAACAGAACUUGGUGCUGAUGUUAAAAAUUUAAAAGUUCCACAAAACUGAGGUUUAAUCCAAAGUCCUGAUCCAGGUCUGAUCCAGUCUUUAUUUUUAUUUCCAUGGAAACAGGAGCCAGCUGAUUUUCUGAAACAUGUUCCAACAUGACCAUAAAUGCAGUAUCUGGAUCAAAACCAGAGUCGGUUCAGUUCUAUGGUGCUUAAAGUGAGUAUUUUUACUCUCCAUCCCAGUCUGAACCUUCUUAGAGAAGCUUUCUGUCAUUUCCUCCAGUGGUCUCCAGGAAUAGUUCUUUGGGAUCCUUGAGGGACUUCCUAGAAAUAGUUUUCCAGGAUCCUUGAAGCUCUUGUUUGGAUGUUUCUUCCUUUUGUUCCAUUCUCUGUCCAGAUGAUCCAACACUGCUUCAAUAAUUUUGAGGUCCAAGUUCUGGGGAGCAAAAAGCAGAAAACGUCCAAAGAAUACCUUUAAAAGAGCUUCAGAAAGAUGGAGAACUAGGACUCUGGAUCAGGACUCUAGAUCAGGACUGAUUCAUUAACUUCCACCUCUGACUGAAAUUAUAAACAGACCAAAACUUUGUAUGAUGGGUUCAUUCUUGGACCAUCUGUAAAUACCAGGGAUGUUGGUGCGUUCAAUGUUAAACAGGAUCUCCAUCAACAGAUCAAUAAACUCAUUGGUUGUCA